AUGAGAGUAUCCUUCCUUUUAACCAGCGCCCUAAUUCUUCCCCUUUUGUGUAAUGGAGCGCUCGGUAAACUUAUAUCCGACAGUAGAAUAUUCCUGAAGCACAAAGACGCCUACUGCUUAUAUGCCGAAAAUGUUAUUGAAAAUAACAAAUUUGAAGUAGCUUCGGAUGACUGCGAUAAGUUAGCACAUGGAAAUGAGAGACAAAUCACCUGGCUGUCCUCCACGAACGGAAGACUCAGAACGCAAAAUGGACUGUGUCUAAAAACAUACAAAAACUUCCUAACCGUUUCGACUUGCUCCCCAGAUUUGAACGAUAAGUCGGAAAUGUGGAAAAUCGAUUCGGAAAAAAGACUCAGAAAUGAAAAUAACACCUGCGCUCAGCUAGCUGGGAAUAAAUUAUUUGCCUUCACUUGCAAUGACCUAUCCACAAGGGAGUUCGAAAUUAAGGUCUUUUCCGAGGAGGAAGUAAAUUUGAUGAAAGCAAAAUAUGCACACAAAAAGUUACAAAAUGUCAAUGAAGAAAGUUUGCAAAAUUUUCAUUCAAAGUCAGAAGUACUGAUUAAGAGCUACACAGAAGUUGAAGGAAAAAUUAAUAAAUUUUUAAACAUAGAAAAGGAAAUGAUUAAGGAAAAGGAAAAAAUUGCAAACUUAAUGACUGACAUUAAAUCUCUCAUAAACACCUCUUCCUCUUUGGCGAAUUAUGGAACGGGUGCCCUCAUGAAAAUAUAUGACAACAUUGAUAUAAGCAGAAGGAAUAAUUUGCUGAGAGUUCCUCUCGAAAGUUUAGAAGUAAAUGAAGAAAAAUUAAACGAACUGGGAAUUGAAAACGGACAAGUCAAAAUUGUCAUUCAAAGUUUUCUUAACCCUCCAGAUGAUGGGAACUACACAUUUGUUGCGAAAAAUGUGGUAGGAAAGUUGAUUGUUAAGGUAGACAGUAGGGAAAUUAUUUCAAACGCAGAUAUGGCAAAUGAAACAACUGUAAGUAGCUCCCUUGUUCAUUUAGCCAGAAAUAAACUCGUCCCAAUACACAUCGAGGUGUCAUCUGCUGGGGUUGAAACCAACCCACCCAUGCCAUCCUUCUCAUUAUUCUGGUCCUCCAAACAAACACCUGAAGAAGUUAUAAAUUCUCUAUACUUGUACACCACUGUUUAUGAAAAGGUUUGCUACACCCCGUUUCAGAAAAAAAUAGACUGCGCCACAACCUUCGAGAGAGUACCUAGGGAAAAUAGGGAGUCUCAUUUUUUGUGCCCUUCCGACUGCUUAGCAGCAGGGGGUACGCUCAGUAAGGGCACUUCGAAUGGGGAACCCCCCAAUUUGGAUGUAACACAUCCCCCCUGUUACCCACUAACUUCCCCCAUGUGCGCCUCCGCAGUCGAGGCAAAUUUGCUACCACACGAACGAGGCGGCAUCAUAAAGGUAACCAUAAAAGAGAGAACAAACGACAAAGGCACUUCCUCACCCUGUGCACUGAUUCUACCAACCAACAUGGAAGACAAUACAUUUAAAGGAAUCACAGACAUUAAGCUGGUAGACAUGGACGAUUUUUUCCUGAAUUAUGACACGAACAGAAAUCUCUAUGAAGGGUACACAGGAGUUGUGACAGACGAUAAGCAUUCCUUACUGACAAAAACUGAUUUUUCCAAAAGGUACAUCUCAGAUAUUGAAAUAAAUUGUGACAAAAAUUUACCAGACAAUUAUGAAUUCAGUUCUGGGUCCUUCAUCGUGAAACGGAUCCAGCGCUCCAAUUUAACAAAAAGGGAAGAAAGCAUAGUGGUAGAUGCAUUUGCAUUGUUUGAAAAAUACACAAGUGCAGAUAGUACCCCUAUUUAUCUACCCGGGUGGACAAGAAAAACGUGUAACAAUAUUCAGCUGUACAUAAAGUAUAGACAACCGAACGGUAUGAUGAACUACCCAUCUUUAUUACUAACCUGCGAUGAUACAUUUGAACAAAUCCAUUUUAGUAGCGAAAAUCUUGUAGUUGCACGAUGCUUGCCUUACUGUCUCCACAGUGAGAAGUCAGUCCUAGGAUCCUACAUUUACGGACCCCAGUCAGCCAUAUGCAAAUCUGCUAUUCACUCUGGUAUCAUAACAAAUAAAGGAGGGGGACUCAUACAGAUAAGAAAACUGCAAAAUAUUACACAGUCGUUCACUAGCACCAUGACAAUAACGAGGAAUGGCGUUAUUGCUACCAUCGGUGAUCACAAUAGUGAAGAUUCUUACUACUUAACAAAACCUAAUGGAUCCAUUUGUAACUUCCCAAGAACAUCCCACAAUAUUAACGAGUCGCUAAAUUCGGACUCAAGUGAAGAUGCUCUUUUCUCCUUCAUCCAGACGAAGUCAUACCUCAUGGAUGUCCCCCCCGUUGCCCUAGUGCACCAGAAGCACGCCGUUUUGAAGAACCAACUAGUUAACAUGCACAAUUUGUACAACACAGAAAGUUACAAGAGGGGAUUACUAGGUGGUACAAAUGGACCUGAGCGCGAAAUUCAGCCGCUUCAAAGAGGUGACCAUGUUGCUCAUUCACCACCCGUACAACAGAACCCGCAACUGUUGGACUCCUUCAACACAUUCCAGCAAAGCUACGACGCGCAAAAGGGACACCUCCACCAAUUGGCAAAAAAACAAAAAGACAUUUUCUCCAACUUAACAAUAAAAAAUAAACAGAUAAACAAUUUGAAUAAGACCUUGUCCAACUUAAGGAAUGAGCAAAGGAAGUAUGAGACCUUCAUCCGGGAGAACCAAUCAUCCGUGGUGUCCCUGAUAAAACAAUUUGCACUAAUCACAAAUAGAAAAAAAAUUAUCAUAGAAAAGUUGGAGAAGGCACUAGCAGACAUCAAACCAAUAACCGUACAGACAUUUGAAGAAAAAUACAACUCCACAAAUAUAAAUGACAACUACGUCAUCAUGGAUGGUAGGAAUAUAAGCGGGUCAUCAAACUGGGCUGUGGAAAAAUUCACCAAUGGAAACCUCUUUGCGGCUAUCACAAAUGAUAGGUUUAUAAAAUCCGGGGAUGAGAUAUACGCUUCCUACAUCCUCCAGAGACACACUAAGGUGUACAAAGGCUUCAUCUCCUGCGACGUUAAAAUACCAUAUGAAGGAAAUAUAGGAAUCCUCAUCAAGUACAAAGACCAUAAUAAUUACUCCAAUUUUGUAAUAAACAAAAAGGAGUUCUACUUUGUCGAAAUGGCUGAUGGGAAAAGGAGUCCACCAAUUAGGAAAAGGCAAAUAAGAAACUUGCCCUCCCAGCUUGGCGCGUGGGCAACUCUCUUUAUCGAGUUUGGCUAUAAAAAUAUUAGGGCCUACAUAAACGGGAAAUAUGUCAGCGGAUUUGAAACAAAAAAUGAUUCCUAUGGAUACGUAGGAGUUGGGAUGAACAACUGUAAGGAAAAAAUAUUUUUCGAUAAAAUUGUCAUAGGUUCUCUCGAUCAAGCCAAAUACUACAGAGGGGCAAGGAAGUCAAUUACCAUUCGUUCCACGAACGACAUGAUGAAUGAUUUCCACAAAGUGGAGAAAACAAAUCACUCAAAUGAAAAGCCAAUCAGCGAAGAAGCCACAAAUACAGAUAGCCAAAUUACGUGCAAACCAUUCACAGAAAGGUGCAACCUCCCAUUAGACACUAACUGGAUUGUUCCUUUAAACACCUUUUGGAAGAUUCACAAAAAUUUCGCUUUGAACUCAAUUUGGGCAGAUACCAAAAGGGGAGAACAAACUGAACGUGUUUACCCCGAUGGGAAUAAUCAAAUUGGAAAAACCAACACCGACGAGUGUUAUCUUCAUUCCGCGCAGAAACAGAAAGAAGAAGAAAAUCUGCUCAUCCCAUCAAUCAUACUUUUAAAACGUCACAACAUAUGUACCAACAUGAAAGCAUUUUCUCUCGAAACAUCCAUUAACUUAAAACCUUUGACAAAAUCUGGGGUCAUUUUCAGAGUCUUAUCAUCUGAUGAUUUUUUAUCUGUCAUAUUGGACACCACACAAAUGGAUGGUAAAUUGUAUCUCCUCAAAAUUAGUAACGGAAUUCCAUACCAGCUGAACGCACCAACGCAUAUGCCAAUAGCCCCAGAUAUGUGGCACCAUUUAAUGGUGUCCUACAACGGGGAACGAGUGAACGUCACGCUGAAUGACGAACUGGUGGUCAAUUCGAAACUUAACCAGCGCAGCACCGAGUUGGGCAAUGUCGGGUUGAUAACCCUAACCGGGGAGUCUAAGUUUAAAGGCAUCUCCUUCGUUCCACAGUAA